UCAAGGACGUGUAGAUAUUGAAAGGUGCCAUUGUUGAACCUAAAAAAAAGAUAAGGACUAAUCAAUCUCUGUUAAGGCCGUGUGUCAAUUUCUCAUCUUCAACACAACUAUGAGAGUGGAAAAUCUGAUUUUUAUAAAGGAGUUUGUUACGAUGGUGCGCAUCAGCCUGAAAAUGAACAUUGGAUGUUUUGUUUUACUGUCGACGUUGGUCUCCCAACUUGUGCUGGCUAACCAGUACGACCCACACGUCUACCCGAGCCAGGGACCGUUCAUCGAGGGCUGGUACGCCCGUAUAACUGACAGUUCCUCCCCGCAGUCUUUCGGCGUUCUCUUCGGUCGUGUGUUGCCCAAAACCAACUCAGGGCCUGCUGGCGAUGCGACCCCACUGACGUACAUAGCCAUCAUCCGCAGUGCUGGCGCCCAGGCACCGCUCGUGGUGGCGGAGGCCUACCCCGAUCUCAACAGCAUCUCCGUGACGGUGGACGGUGGGAGGCCCGGACGCGAACCGGACGACCGGAGUCCGGCCAACUUCAGAUGGGCCGCUGAGCCGUACGGGUCGUUCACUGUCACGGGUGAAUCGACAGUCUUCAACUUCACGAUCGGAGACCAGAGUUUGUCUGGGAGCUUUGGGCCUCCGGUUCCGUGGGGCCGGAUGGGAAAGGUGAGACCAUCAAGUCCCGAGGGCUGGCUCAGUAAUCUCCCGUUUGUCCCGCUCCACUGGUUCGUCUACAGCCUCGCAUCGGUCGGGACCUACACCUGGGAGAACAGCGCAGAGGGUCUCAGUCUCCACGGUAACGCCACGAUGCACCAGGAGAAGAACUGGGGAGACGGCUUUCCGCCAUCUUGGAUCUGGAUGCAGGGCGUCGAUGCAACCAGCUCCGCAGCCUUCGCGGGGAGUUUCGGCAGGCUGAGGUUCGCGGGGGGAGUAUCGAUACCGGCUCAUCUAUUCGGUUUCCGAGACUACGGCACCGGCACCGGCCUGGAACUGGACUUCCGCCCGGACAAUUCGGUCACCCGAAUAACCGCCGACGGAUGCAGCGGUGUGGCGAGAAUCGAAGUGGAAUCGUUUUGGUACAAGGUCGUUGUGGACGCCAGUGCCCCUCCCGCGACCCUGCAGAAGUGUCUCAGGGGCCCGACGGAGUACGGAUUCCAAAACGUCUUGGUCGAGAGUUAUUCUGCGACGGUAGAUAUUUCUGUGUAUGAAAGACGCUACUUCAGCUACCAGCUCGUGGAGAGGAAGGUAUUUAAAGGAGCAGCCCUGGAAUUCGGAGGUGAAGAACUCUGCCAGCAAAAUCCGUGCACGGCAGAACUUUAAUUUUGAUGUCAUAAUAAUCCUGAUAAGGAUGCUUAAAGGGAAGAUACGACAUUUUGCAAACAUCAAAAAACGAAAUGAUCACAUUAUCACGAA